AUGACAACCCCAGUAGCGGCUACCGAUGUGGGUCUGGGAUAUGGGAUCGCCAUUGCCAUCAUGAUUCUGAUCCUCAUAUCAACAAUUACUCUCACUUCUUACGCUUGCUUCCGGGCAUAUGGAGUUGCUGGUCAUGGUGCUGGUGAAUCCGGCCGUGUCCUCCCUCUGGAGCUGACUACUGCAGUUGAUAAUGUUCAUGUGGUGGGAGAGAGCAUGAGACUUCCUCCGGCAGCGGCAGUGAAGGAAGGGCCUUGUUCGAUUUGCCUCGCCGAUUACCGUCCCCUGGACACAGUACGCUGCAUUCCAGACUGCAACCAUUGCUUCCACGCAAACUGCGUCGACCACUGGCUUCGACUGAGCUUCACCUGUCCCCUCUGCCGGAACUCCCCUGAUCCUUUAACACUAGUGUCUCCACCUCACUUUUAAUUUCUCUAACUACUUUCAUUUAUUAUUCUCAUCAAUUGCUAAA